AAUUAAAUAAAAUAACUGAUAAUGUUUAGUAAGAGUAGAUAGGAAUAGUUAAGAACAUUCAUGGCAGAUAAUUAAGAUCCAUUGGUGUUGACAAGUUUACUAUAAUAAUUGAAUUAUUGUGUUGAUAAAUGUUCAUAGGAGUUAACAUAGGGAAAAAAUGAAUAAAAAAAUAUAUAAGUUGAAAAGAAGGUUAGAAGUGAAAGAACGAAAAGGGGAAUUAGUUAAGAUAAUACAUGUUAUAACCCUUUAUGGUUGAUAAAUAAAGAAAAGAGAAGGAUUGUAGAGAGACACAAUUAAGAAUUCAAAACAUUUUUACCUUAAGUAAAGCGAUUGAUUUGAAUUUGAGAGUUUGUUUGGAAUGAGCAAGAAAAGGAGAUAGAAUAACCGAUAUAAUAAAGAUUGAAACCUUUGGGCCCAAUAAAAGGAACUAUUAAUAAGCCUAGAAUAUUAAUUCCGAAAGAGAUACGAAAAAAUCCACUAAAUCAAAGGAAAAGGAUCUAUGAGAGUUUGAUUUAUAAAGAAGGGCUAUGCAAUUUGAUAAAUAAAGGGUUGAUUGAUAAACAUAUUGAUGUUAGUCCUGCUUUUGAGUUUAGUUUGAUGCUAAUGUGAUAAAACGGAU